AUGUCGUCCAAUAAAGUUGUCUCAAGCGCUGCUUCUAACAAAAACGCGUCUAACACGCCCAGUUCCUCCAUUAGUUCUGUUGCUCAUAAGAAGCCAAAAGUAGCUGAAAACUCUGAUGACCCACUUAUCAUCACUGUCUGUGUUGAUGUGUACAAGAAAAAUAAGGAAAUACGAGAUGCCAAAAAUGCACACCGAGCCAAUAUCAAAGAAACCAACCUAUUCUUGGAUAGUAAAUUACUUACUUUCCAAAGAAUAGGUAAACAACCACACAAAAGGUUUGUCGUUGGAUUUUUUGAGGAGGGGAAAUUCAUUCCAUUAAUUCACAUAUUAAAGAGGUAUAUGUUUGAAACUGAUGAUCGAGAGAAAGCAUACCGAGAAGCAAGAAAAAUUCUUAAGAAAAUAGAGACUAGCUAUCUAAAGCCCAAUGAAAAAAGACGUGCAGGAUGUAUCACACGUCACUAUGGGACUUGGAUACGAUCUAGUAUUUAUCCGUUUACUAUUUCUUCUACAACAACUCCCACAGAAAGAGAGUGCAAUUUUCAUGAAAAUAAAAUAUUGCCUCUUCAAUUUAUAUUAAAUAAGAUUGCAGGAGAAGCUCUUGAGCAAUAUCAUCCGGAUAUUGCCCAAAGAUACACAGAUCUUGUGCUUCCGAGUAAUUGCACUUUAAAGCAAAGAUACUGGCAAGUAAUGCAUUUAAAUCUGAAGAGGCGAAAUGCGAGAGGAGAGCCAGAAGAGCAGGAUGUUCAGGGUGGAAAGCAUUCAGGAACAGUAUGGGAGCAUCAUGAUCGACAUGAUGUGAAAUAUGGAUUUUGUGCAUGCUUUGUACUUGGAAAUUUUGGAGGUGGAGAAUUAACUUUUCCAGAUUUGGGGAUAAUAUGCGAGGCGGAGCCUGGUGAUUUAAUAUUUUUCAAUGCAUUCCAUUUAGAUCAUUUGAAUUUACCCUUGAACAAUGAUUCGAAAGGAAAAAUUGCUGAUAGAAAUUCAAUUAUUUUGUAUACCGAUCAUAAUAUUUUUCCUACAAGAGAAUGA